AUGGAAGAAUCCAAGGACAUCGCCGAGACGCCGGUGCUUGUGCUAGAGACAGCAGGACACGGAAAAAGACCAAACAAUGGCAACACCGUUCCAGCAAGCUCAGACCCGGUAACAGCGUUCAAACGAUGGGUGAAUAGUCUGCGAUCGCGGAGAGGCUUUCCUCCUGUCGGUCCCCAAAGAUACGUCGAAGGAUGGAUGGAGAUACCCCAAACCGAUCCAUACACCGGUUCCGAAAUGCCGCUUACCCAAGAAGCUCAAGAGAAGAAGUGGGAGUCUUGGUCGAAUCACUCCUCUCACCUGGAGACAGUAAAGACGACGACAAUCAGCAUUGCUAGUCAAAGUGUUGUGCGAUCGAGGGGCACUACUCAAAGUACCACAAAUCAGAGCGUCAAGUCGGACCUCCGUGAGUCGCUAGAGAGCAUAAGGCCAGCCUUGAGUUCAUCCAUCGAUGAGGACGCCCAGAAUAGAGCGAUCAAGAGGCGCCGUGUUUUGCGAGAGCUGAUUAGCACCGAGUGUGAUUACGUCUUUGGUUUGAAAGCACUUGCUGAUGCACUUUUUAUCUUCUCCGUCAGGCCGGAGAUUUACUAUAAUGUUCAGCAGCUUCGAGAUAUACACGAAGAUUUCCUAGCCCAACUUCGGAAGCUGACACCGAUCUCCAACCUUGCUGGAGCCGAGUUCGACAGUUUAGUCCCCCAAACAGCCCACAAGCACUUUGGCGCCUUUGAUUCGAGUUUUAGAGCACUUCAUUCAAGGUCUCUGAGAUCGCGAAGCUUCAAAGCAUCGGUAAACUCACGCCUAAGGGCCCUCGCCGCAGAGACGAAAGAGGCUUUAGAGGUUGCGCAAGCCGUAGGAAGAUUGUCAAGGAACUUCAUGAUUUACAACCUGUUCUGCAGUAGCUAUGGUUUGCUCACGUUUGAUGUCGAGCUGCUUCGUUCAUCUGUUCCCAAUUGGCGGAUCUUCGACUUGGGUAUUGAGGCACUAUCAAAAUCCGUGGCUUCCAUCGAUAGACAAGCGCACGAGAAGCACAGAUCUAUGAUCUUGGAUGAUCUUCUUAUAAAGCCAGUACAGCGCCUGUGCAAGUACCCCCUUCUACUAGAGGAAUUACUCCGCUGGACACAUAUUCAAGAUGACCCAUCCGCCCAUGAUGGCAUUCGACAGAUUCUGGAAAGUGUUCGACGGGUCGUGCAAGAAGUCAAUCAAAUCGUCAACAACCCCAUAAACAGAGACCUGGUCUUCAAGACGAGGGAACUACAGAACAUGCUGGACUUUUCAGAAGGGAACAAAACCCUUGAUCUAUACAAGCAGCUUGGGCCGCUGAUACUUUGCGGUGUCCUGCAUGUUACCUAUUCCUCCCCUACAGAAUCUGCCGCCGCUGGCUUCAUGGUCUGCGUUCUAUUUAGCAGCCACAUUCUUUUUGCGAGCAUGAACGACAACAAUCGAAGGCUUGAAGCGCUGAUGUGCCUUCACAUCCCGGAUCUCAAAAUCGACACCUUGCAUAAUGGCGAAGGCAUUAGCUGUGACUGUGUGUUCUCCUGGAAGUUGGUAUUCUAUAACUCUGGUACGAGAUAUGAGCUGGUGCUCAGCGCAUCGUCUGCAAGCGAGGAGAAGAAAUGGACAACAGAGAUACUUAAGUGUGCGGCAACGUCGACCAAAGUACAAAGAGAUAUUAGAGAGAGGUCAAGGCGGUUAGCAUUUGUUUCCUUGGACUUGGUCCCACUGGAUAGCACGGUGCUUCCUUUGUCUCGUCGACCAUCGAUGCAAACAUUAGGCGCACCAAGACCGCCAGCGGAAUACCCUAUUGUAGUUAUCAAGAGGACACAUUGCCCGUACCUCCUAGAGGAACAUAACCCAGCGGAUGGCGAUACAGAUCGUUCUCAGGAGCUUCCAGACGAGCUCGUGACGACGGUCGUUGCUAAAAGACAAGACCGAAUCCGUUUGGAACGUGUAAUCUCGGCAGUCUAUACACGGAAUGCGCUUCCAUAUCCCGGCAUGACUCUAGCAAUGGGGGACCUUCUUUUCCGACCAGGCUCGAUCAUGAGGAGGAAUCUUAAUCGAAAACAGAUAUUGAGGAGACGUGCGAGCUUUGUGAACGUUAAGGCCACAAGAGCGGCUGCUGCUUCGGCCAAGAGGGAAAUUCGUCCGUUGGACGGCGAUUACAAGAGACUGGAAAAAUGCGACGGGGAGCUUGGACUCGAGAAGCCGAGAUCCAACGGACCGGUACUUGAUGAUCAAAAGGGCCCUUGUGUUCUACGCGAUGGUAGGGAAACAGUCAAACGUGUCAGGACAUUCAAAAUGACAGGCACGCCCAAGUCAACACCCAGCCCUGAGACUCCUUUGACCAAGAAGAAGGACACAAGUCAGGAGCCCCCUGAGAACUCAGCUACGAAGCCAUCCACAAUCCGUAGGAUGUUGAAUUCCAUGUCAACGAGGAAACCGAAAAAGAAUGGACGCAUGAGGGUGGGGAGUGGAGCUUCAUGAUGACAAUGAUGCAACUGAUUUCCAGGGGUCACCAAGCACGGAGGGACAAGCAUAGGCAUGCAUAUCGCGGACAAACUUUUCCAAAAACUGUACUGGACGUACUCAGUACCCAUGAUUAUUCUUGCAGUUUCCUAAGGGUUCGAGGACGUGGGGAAAGUCGACGCAGGUGUUUGAUGGAGUACUUGGCGGGAGGUGGGGAUAGUAAUUAGCAGCGUUAGUGAUCCAAAACGACCUAAAUUGCUGGAACGAAGUGCGGCACGAGAAUAGUAGUGAUGAUGAUGACGAUGAUGCUAUUUAGUGAUGAGGGAAUCUGAUCACCUAAUGAGCUGGUAGUGA